AAAUGAAAUACAUUGGCAAGGCUGCCAUAGGAAGAGCUGAAAGGCAAGCAAAGUAUCAAGUAAGCAACAUCAGAGAUAACGUAGAAGGAGCAUUAGGAGGAGGACGAAAAGUUGACUUGGAUUGGAAGGAUUUCAACUAUCCUCCUCUUCUUAAGCUUUUCCAUUACUCGACCAGCCGACUAAAGAACCCAGUCCUGAGAUUUAUGAGGAUCCUGCAUAUUAACUUCUUGAUGUACAUCUUAGGAAUCUGACCACUCAAUUUCCUUGGAAAUAUUGUAAUCUCUGCUAGCGGAGCAGGAGCAGGUGUAAAUGUAUUCUAUUCCCUGUUAAACAUUCUGGUAUUUGGAGCUUUCGCUCUCUUUGUAUUUUACAGUGGAUUUUAUGGAAAUAUAAGAAAGCCACCAGGUUACCACCUCCUGGCAUACAGGAUCGGUCAAGGAGUUCAAUGCACACUCUAUUUCACUUUCAGUAUUCUUGCUCUAGGUCCGUUCAAUGGUUGGGCACAAAUCUCAAGUCUGGGAGGCUCUGGUGGGGAAGGAUUUGCAAUCUUCCUAUGUGUGAUCGAAUCCCUCCUCUACUCAGUCAUCACCAUCUCAGGAGGACUAUGACUCUAUCUUAGCUUUGCAUAUUUCGAAGAGGACCCAUUCAAAGAUGAAAUACAAGAAAACGAUACAAAUGUGAGAGUUUAG